AUGUUCUUGUUCGUGUUCGCCGUGAUGUGGACCGGGGAGGCCAGGGCAGAGAUAGCCGGUCCCUCGGAGAAGUUCGUGAGGCCGGGUAGCACCCUGCAGCUCCACUGUCUCGUGAAAAAGUCUACCGAGACGCCCUCCUACCUGUUCUGGUACCACAACUUCCGGAUGAUCAACUACGACGUCGAUCAGGGCGUCAACGUCAGCACCGACCUCACAGGGAGGGAGAGCUGGCUGGAGGUGCCCCGCGCCUCCGAUCGCCACUCCGGGAAUUACACCUGCGAGGCGAGCAACGCUCAACCCGCCCGCGUGUUGGUCCACGUGUUCAAGGGGGAUAAUCCAGCCGCCAUGCAGCACAGCAUCGCGUCCUCGCCGUCUGUCAUGGCGUGUAGCGCUCUGCUGACGAUGUUCACCACCCUGAAGCUCGUCCUCCACUCCACCACCACCAACUGACCGUCGUGCGUCGGCACGCGUCCCACCACGAAGAUCUAGGAGCCGCGAUGCGAUUCGCGAUGCGUUUCGCGGGCGGAAUUACAACGUGAGUGAUGUGGCAUGCUUUUACGAAGUUUCCAGAUUUUACGAAGUUUCCUGGUGCACCAUCGGACGCCGGGGAUCUGCGGUGAGGACUCGGGGGUCGUGGAUAGGCCCUGAUGCGGCUAGGUGAACCCCGAGGGUUGCCGAGAGACCUUAUCGCGGACACGUGUUACAGUGUGGCACGGGAUGGCGAUGGUUUCGGGAUGAGCUCUCACUGGGAGCAUAGGAACAUUUCUGUGACGAGUUCCGGGCGAUUAUAUCUUUGUAAAUAGCGAUGCCGUAUCGUUAAGGCCACGGAUGCUCAAGCGGACGACCCCGUUGCGUCGCGUGACACGGACUUGAAUGACUAUAUUAUAUUAUUAGGAAAUGAGGUUCGAGACAUUCAGAAGUAAAUUGGUAAUUAUUUCCCACUCUUCGAAGAUGAAAUUAGGUUGAGAUAUAUGUUUAAAGGUUGAAUUAUAUUUAGAUAUUAAAAAUUAUGAUUUUUUAGGGUAAAAAGGGGGCCAUGAUUCGCCGACACCAAUAUUUAAAGAAUUCUGAAAUAGAUUGGUAAUCGUAUCCUAUUCUGCUAUAUUAAAGAUUGCCAUUUUCAAGGGUAUAAGAGAACCGUAGUUAUCAGAAAACAACAUUUGAAGAAUUCAAAAAUAAACAGGUAACCAUGUCCCACUCUCCAAUAUUAAAGAUUGUCAUUUUUUAAGGUGUGAAUGUAACCGUCAUUUUAUCAGAAAACAAUAUUUGAAAAAUUCAGAAAUAAAUUGGUAGUCAUGUCCCACUCUCCGAUAUUAAAGAUUAUGAUUUUCGUGAGUAUAAAGAACGUUUAAUAUUGCGAUAAAGAGCGCAAAAUUAUUGGAACACCCUGUUUGGGUCGAUGAUUACAAAAAUCAUAAAUUUAUUUAGAAUCUAUAACUACAUUUACUUGAUUUAAUAUUGCGUUUCAUAAGGCACACAUAAAUUCUACAAAAUGCCAUAUUGAUAGAAAGUAAUAAUCAAAUUUUUAUUUCGUAUUGCGACUCGUAAAAAAUAUUUAAAAAAAUAGUAGGUGAAAUUCCCCGAGUGCAAAUUGUCAAAUAAUUUGAUAAAAUCCAAAUUUAAGUAAAUCAUCCCUUCAAUUGUUUUCGAACCCCAUCGAUGAAUUCGAAUAUUCAAUGACCACAAAGUAUUAUUUUACUUGCGUCCCAGCUCGAAAAUAUCGCGAAUACAGGUAUCGAAAUUAAUCGCUGGCGGUUUGGUUCGAUAUCGGUUACGUUGAAGUCCGUGUCGGUGAUUUCCAUGGUAGCGAAAGAUCGCAUCUUUAUUCGUGGCGUUUUUGGCGGAUGACAAAUUGGACCGUUCGGUAUCCCUACGUUGCUCAAGCUGGCAUUUCACGCGACGCCGCUGUUAUUAACUGUUGUGAUAUGUGUGACUGUAAGCUAUGUGUAACUCUCGCGAUAAUAGAACUGUAAUUGUGUAAUCUGUCUGCGACGAGUGGCACGAUUAAUGGCGACAAUCCUGUCGCGAUUGGACGCGUUUUGCCAACCCAAAAACUUUCGUCGAUGUUCCGCCUCGUAACGACAACUUCAUUCGAGCGCGGUGUUAACGCCGCGUUGGAUAUUUGUUACGUUAAUAGCCGCGACGAGGGACACGCGACCAUUUCGCGUCGCUCCGGCGACUAACGGCCGCGAUUAGGGUGGACCUUAGUUACACUUGCUGGAACGUUUCCUUUUUUUUUUUAUUUCGGAAACU